UUGCGGAGGUCUUGUAUUUUUUUGGAGCCGUAGCCAUGGUGUCUGUGUACAGCGGUUCGCACACGUUGAGCAAAGAUGACGUGAACUACAGGAUGCAUUUCCGAAUGAUAAACGAGCAGCAAGUUGAAGAUAUUACCAUAGAGUUUUUCUACAAACCGCACACGAUAACUCUGCUGACGUGCACUGUGCUCAGUUUGAUGUAUUUUGCCUUCACAAGAGAUGAUGGAAACGCUGACAGUAACCUCUGGGUGGGGCUCAUACUAGUCAUUUCCUUCUUUCUUGUGAUCAGUGUUUUGGCAUUUCCCAAUGGUCCAUUCACAAGGCCUCAUCCAGCAAUAUGGCGUAUAGUUUUUGGUUUGAGUGUCCUAUACUUCCUGUUCCUGGUUUUCAUCAUCUUCUUGAACUGGGAUCAGGUAAAGCAACUAAUGUACUGGUUGGAUCCAAACCUGCGUUAUGCUAAGAGAGAAGCCGACAUAAUGGAAUAUGCUGUGAACUGUCAUGCUAUCUCGUGGGAAAGAAUUCUGAGUCACUUUGACAUUUUUGCAUUCAGCCAUUUUUGGGGCUGGGGCAUGAAGGCCUUGCUCAUUCGUAGUUAUGGCCUCUGCUGGUCCAUCAGUAUCACCUGGGAGCUCACUGAGCUAUUCUUCAUGCAUCUCCUGCCCAACUUUGCAGAGUGCUGGUGGGAUCAGGUGAUUCUGGACAUUUUGCUGUGUAACGGAGGGGGAAUCUGGCUUGGCAUGACAGUUUGUCGCUUUUUGGAAAUGAGGACCUACCACUGGGCCAGUAUUAAAGAUAUUCACACCACCACAGGGAAGAUCAAACGAGCUGUGCUCCAGUUCACCCCAGCCAGCUGGACAUAUGUGCGCUGGCUUGACCCCAAGUCUUCCCUGCAGCGGGUGAUGGGUGUUUAUCUGUUCAUGAUCAUCUGGCAGCUAACAGAAUUGAACACGUUCUUCCUCAAGCACAUUUUUGUCUUCCCUGCAUGCCACGCUCUUAGUUGGUGUCGAAUCCUGUUUAUUGGUAUCAUCACAGCUCCAACUGUGAGGCAGUAUUAUGCAUACCUUACAGAUACACAGUGCAAGAGAGUUGGGACUCAGUGUUGGGUAUUUGGGGCAAUAGCCUUUUUGGAGGCCUUGGUGUGUAUUAAAUUUGGACACGAGUUGUUUUCAAAAACACAGAUCCUGUACGUGAUCCUCUGGCUGCUGUGUUUGGCCUUCAUUACAUUCCUGUGCCUUUAUGGGAUGGUAUGGUAUGCUGAAAACUAUGGACCCACACAAAAGAGUCUAUCAGAAUGUGAUGACAGCAAUUACACAGAAUCUGCUGGCAUGUGCCAGAAAGGUGUAAAGGAGAGCCACAAAUGGAUAGCAACAGCUCUGCUGCUAGACGGAGAGGAAGGGUUUUAGCAAGGCCCAAGACCAUCACGGCCUGGACAGCCAGUAGGAAAUGUGGUAACACUGCUGGGACUCCUGGAGCUACUCCCUGGAGCUAUGUGUACCAGAUCAUGUUGAAAGACUUUAAAGAUGCAACCAUUUUCUGGUGGGAUUGAAGUAUUGAACAAGCGGCAGCCUGCAGCAGAGGGAGCCGACACUAGUGGACAAACUGGUCCACGCAGUGUUAAUAGGGAUGCACACAAAUGGUGUGCUCUGUAGUUACUAAACCACUGAUCAUAGGUUUCUGUGCAAAAUAAAGGUAUUUGUGCUUUUGUGUGUCUGUAUUUGUCAAAGAGAGAAGGAAAUUACAUUUGUCAAUUUUAUAUUUAACUGCAUGGACAAGUCAAGUUUAUAGUCUUAACAACCAUUGUAUCAACAGUUAAUCUACAUUUAUCUGGUUUAAACCAUAACCUUAACUCCCAGU